AUGGCAAUAAGCCAGGGCUUGAACCAAACCUGGGAAGCGAACAACGAGCUGGUGGACGGCGGCACGCUGCUUGAUGCCGACAUCGAGCUGCUCACUGACAUUGGCGUCUCACGCACCGUGGCGCGCAAGAUUGUGCAGCGAGUGCAGCAGCUGGCGGGCCCGGCCACCCAGGAGUUGGCGCCCACCACCCAGCAGCACCACCAGGCAGGCGACGAGGAGGAGGACGAGCAGAUGGAAGAGGACCAGGGGGAGCAGGAGCGGCAGCAGCAGGCGCGAGGACCGCGGGAGCCUCCACGCCGCCCGCCAGCCACGCAGCCAACGCAGCUGACGGCCACGCAGGGCACCAGACACCCUCCAGAGGCGCCAGAAGGCAGCCGCGCGGCACGUGCGGCCGCUGCUGCGCGGCCCAGCCGUGCCACCCGUCGGGCGUCAGAAGCACCAGAGGCCAGCCAGGCCACGCAGGGCACACGUGCCACCCGGGCAGCCAGCAGGGGCACCUUCCGCACCGCGCGCACUGACCUGGCUACCCAGGCCACACAGUCCCCGCUGAUCAAGCCAGAUCCUGAGCAGGCGGAGGAGGAGGCGCUGGCAUGGGAGGAGGAGCAGCAGGAGGAGCAGCAGCAGCAGCAGCGGCGCACCAGGCGCCGCCUGAGCGCGCGGCAGCAGAAGCAGGAGCCUCUGGAGGAUGGGCGGGAGGAGGAGAUGGAGGAGGCGCAGCAGGAGGAGGGCAUGGAGACAGAGGCAGAGGAGGAGUCAGAGACCCAGGACGAGUCUGGCGGGGCAGCACCCCGCCGCCGCGGGCGCCACGUCUUGAAGGAGGACCCCGAGCAGCUGGAUGGCGGCGGCGGCGCUGCCGGCGUGGCAGUGCAGGAGCACAGCCUGCCGCUGACUGGACGGCGCAGCGCCCGCACCGCCGGCCGCCAGCAGGACGAGCAGCAGCAGGAGCAGCAGCAGGAGGAGGCGGGGCCCAGCGGCAGCGGCCGCCCGCGCACCAGGCGGCAGCAGCAGCAGCAGGAGGAGGCGCAGCUGCGUGCCACGCAGCGCGAGCUGCGCGGCAGGACCAUGCAGGAGCGGCAGCGCCGCCAGGAAGAGGAGCAGGAGUCUGAGGAGGAGGAGGAGGCGGGCGGCAUCCAGCAGCAGGCUGAUGCGGAGGAUGAGGAGGACUGGGGCGAGCUGGCGGUUGAGGAUCUGGGCCCAGAAGCCCGCAGCGGGCAGUACGCCAAGGACUGGGAGCGGCGGGCCAAGUGGGGCAUGCUGGAGAUCUUCACAUCCAUGCCCGUGCAGAAGCUGCGGGAGCUGGUGGAGGGGCAGGAGGAGUGGUCUGAGCUGGCCGCCAACAUCAUGCGCGUCAGGAGGAAGGUGGAGGGCGAGAGCACUUGGGUGGAGCUGGAGAAGGCCAAGUCGAUUGCGCCCAGGCUGGUCAACUUCAUCAUGACUGGAGACCCCGAUGGGAAGGCCAACGACAGCGGGCCCCUGCACCAGCGGGCCAUCAAGGAGCUGCUGAAGGACUACUGCGAUGAUGCGGUACGGGCAUAUGUGGAGGAUGUGCUGAAGCCGCGGUACCAGAACGUGCCGCGCAGCCAGGACCCGCACAAGCUCAUGUGGAAGCUGUGGCACUACCCGCGCGGCCCCGCCAACGACGUGCUGGAGACGCUGCUGGGCAGCCGGGAGCUGGAGUAUGAGGCGAUCCUCGGCGCCGACCUGGAGCCCAACGCCGCCACCGGCAACACCGCCUGGCCCAAGGUCUGGCAGGCCAUCGAGGCUGGGAAGCUGACGCUUGUGAACCAGGAGGAGGUGCUGCUGUGGCUCAUCCACGUCAACGACCUGUCCACCCACCCCCGCGUCAGGGUGUCCGCCCGGCUGACGCGCCAGCCCGGCAACCGCAAGCUGCGCGUGUCCAUCUACCAGAUCUUCUCCACCUCCACGCUCUCCUCCUCCCUCAUCUCCGGCACCUGGCAGCGCAAGAACGCGGACACUGAGGAGGAUGAGCUCGUUGCGGUGGACCUGCGCUUCCUGCUGUCCAUGCUGGACGGAUUCGACGGCUCUCCCUUCAUGGAGCAGAUGGACAGGCUGACCCAGGAGUAUGAGGCGACUGAGAACGAGGUGACGGCGCGGGGGGUGGAGGGGGAGCUCAGCGUGGAUGCACCCAUGAACCUGAAGCAGUUUGACAAGGUGAUGGCGUGCGUGGAGGACGUUGACCGCGGCGAGCCGGCAGAGUUCAGGGAGGAGUGCUCAGACGCCUUCCUGCUCACGCUGCGCCCCUACCAGCGCCGCUCGCUGGCCCACAUGCUGCGUGAGGAGCGGGCGCUGGGCGGCUCCUCCCGCAACCUCUGGGUCAAGCUCAACCUGCCGGAGCACCCGGACGUGCAAUGCUACGUGUCCCCCAUCCUGCACCAGAUCCGCUCCAGCACCUCCAGGAUCGAGGCUGAGCAGUGGGUGAACGCCAACGGCGGCGCGGGCUGGAUCGCGCUCGAGGUGUUCCUGCUGACGUACCGGGCGGGCGGGGCGGGCAUCACGCUGACGGCCGGCACACACAUCAUCCUGUGCGAGCCCACCCUGAACCCCAGCUUUGAGAAGCAAGCCAUCGGCCGCUCCCACCGCAUGGGGCAGACUAAGCCGCUGACGGUGACGCGCAUGCUCAUGCUGGGCACGAUAGAGGAGAAGGUGGCUGAGUUUGUGGAGCGGCAGAAGUCUGAGGUGGAGGGGGACCCGCAGCAGCAGCUGGAGAGCACCAUGAUGGAGACCAACCAGGCCGCCAACGACGAAACCAACAAGCUGACCAUUGAGGAGCUGAGGGACUUCAUCUACAAGAUCCCGGAUGAGGAGGACGAGUAG